UUUUUGAUUUAACAAUACAAUGAAAUUUAGUUGUGAAGAGUUUCCAAACCAAAAAUUUUCAGCCAAAAAUGCAACGCAACAAAUAUCAGAUAAUUUAUCUUAAAGUAAGAUUUUGUUUUUGCAGUGUACUAACUAUCGUAGGGUAAAUGUUAUUCUACAACAUUCUAAAUGUACCAUUUUAUUUUCAGUAAUAAUAAUGCACAGUCGACAGGGACACAAAAGAAGCCCACCGAUAAACAACUAGUAUGCAUCAUAGAUUUCAUGGAGCGUCAUCCUCGUUUGGCAAAUGGUAUAGCUAGAGCUUCUGAAGUAGAUGAGAACUGGAGUGUACUGUUUGCGUUAUUGCACGCCAAGAAAGGAACAAGAAAGACUUUAGCAGCAUGGAAAAAAACUUGGACUGGAAUGGUAACCGCAGCCCGCCAAAGUAUGCGAUUUUUAAUAGAUGGACGGAAGAAAAGCCCUAUGUCUCCAAACCACAUCAGGAUUAUUGACAUAGUUGGGUAUAACGAGGAGGACUCAAAAGUACCCUUGAGCAUCUCCUAUGAAGAUCCACCAUGUGCAAAUAGCUGUAAAUAUGAAGCCCCUACAAACUCAUGGUCGAGAGACAGAAGCUGCCACGAACAACCAUCUACAUCGAGUAACUGGAACAAUGGAUUACAUACUUCCAGAUCCACAAGCAACUCAUACGAACAACCACCACGAACAACAUCCAUGAACCAGUACAACGCAGCAUCUACUUCAAGCAGCUCAUAUCAACAACAGUCGAGAGCAACAAGAUUUGACAACAGACCAUCUACUUCAACAGCUGUAAGCGGUUCGUACGAGCAACCGUCAUCAUCUAUAAGGUCGUACAAUAGACCAUCCACUUCUUCAAGCACCAAUCAAUGCUGGGAGCCUCGUUUGCACCUCAGCUUAAACCAAGAACCACUGCCUAAAAGACCAAGAUUAGGAGACUCGACCACUACAGAAAAAAAUGCAAGAUCUACAGCAGCACUAUCUGCUGCUGAAAGAUCAGCGAAACUUGUGGAGAAAUUGGAGCAAAAAGGACAAGAACUAGUGACGUCGCUGGCGAACCAGCUCAUUGGUUGCUUUGAAAAGCAGAAUGAUGUGCUUAAAAAGGGCCUGCAGGAUUUGUCUGAAACGGUAGUACGCACAUUACCGAAUGUUGUUGCGACAGAAUUGCAGAAAGCAUUAAAAAAUUGUAAUCCUGUGCCGAAUAAUGCUACGAGUCAAGAGGAAAGCGGUACAAUUGAACAGUUACUAAUUGAUGAGGCUGCUGAUAAUGAUUUCGAUCAAGUAUUUAAUUUCAUCGAACAAUCUGUAAUGGCUAAAAAGGCAGAGGAAGGUAAAUGCGCAAUAUGUCAAGACAACAUUACUGAUCGCAAGCAAAUCCAAUGCAAUCACAGUUUCUGUAAGUAUUGUAUUGAUACAUGGCUUGAGCACAGCAGAUGCUGUCCCGUUUGCCGUCAAAAAAUUCCUGUUGAUGAGAAAGACUUAACUUGGAAAGAUAUUGUGUUCGACGAUAGUGACGAUGAUUUGUAAUAGCUCUUUUUACUGCGUUAAAAGCCCAGGGAAUGGAUUUUUCAUUUUUAUUUUAUAUUAAAAGUUGUGUUUCGAAAGAAUUUUUUAUUGGAAUAGAGGCUUACACUAUUACAUCAAACAAUGCUUGUGAAUAUCUUGUACGUGGUACAAAAUGCCUUCAAAUACCAGAUACAAAUAUACCCGGGAGUAUCCAAGAAACAGAAAAUAUGGAUUAUGGCAUUUGAAGGUACGUUGUAUAACGUUAAUGUCAUAUUAAGUUUUUCAAAAAAAGGCAAAACGCUACAUUUUUAUAUCACGAGGUUUAAGAAAAAAACACUCGAUCCGUACAGUAAACGUGAUUAAUGUAGGUGUCAUAGUAAGUAAGGGAAUAAAAUCCGUUUGUAUCGAUUAAGCGUUCGAUUGCAUUUCUACGUUUUUAUAAGUCUAAUUUUUGUAUUGGACUGUAAUUCAUACAGCAGCACAGUUUACGAUACUGUUGCAAACAAGAAUAUUUGUACAUGACAUUUACACUAUACAUCAUACCUUCGAAUACCAGAAGCAAAUAAACCCGGGGGUAUGUACGAAAAAUAUGAAUACUGGUCUUUGGAGGUACGUUGUGCAAUGUUAAUGUCAUAUGUAAACAAUGUUUUAUUUUUGUAAUAGUGUUCCAAAAAAGGUGAAAUGCUGCUAGCUAAUAAGAAGGUUUCUGUAGCACGAGGUUUGAGUAAAACAAAACCAGACUGAAUACGUGCAUACAGUAAACGUGCACAAUGUAGGUGAUAUAGUAUGUAAGAAAAAUGAAAUGCGUUUUUAUCGAUUCAGCGUUCGAUUUCGUUUACACGUUUUUUAUAAGUAUAAGUAUAAUUCAUAUGAAAGUUCUUUUGUUU